AUGGCUGGGGAGUUUGGGCUCAUCCAGCCGGGCACCUACGUGGAGAUCAAGCGCAGCGAUGGGCGCAUCCAUCCAGCUCUGGUGACAGAGCUCCAUGAAAGCACCUCCAGCAUCUCUGUGGAGUGGAUUGAGAAAGGAACCAACAAGGGCAAGCAGGUGGAUCUCCAGCUCAUCUUUGACCUCAACCCUCACCUGGCCCCAAGGAGCCCAUCCAUGAGCAGCAUUGAGUCCCUGCUGUCAGUCAAAGGAGACCAGAGCCUGGUGAGUGAAGGGCAGCCACAGCCCGUCAAAGUGGAGAAGCCGUCUGGGGACAGCAGGGGCCCUGUAGCAGUCCAGCUUGGCUCCAGACCCAGGUGUACAUCAGCAGGCGUGUGGCAGUUUGAAAGGCUGCGAGAACAGCGGGAACGCCGUCGGCUGCGGAUGCGGGAUCAGCGAGCUCAGCAGGCCGCCGCGUCGCUCAAGUCCAGGGCCAACGUGCUGGCCAUGAUCCAGGAGUGCCGCAGCCAGCUGGACUGCAAGGCACUGCAGGCCUCCAUGCCCCGGCAGCCCCAUCGCAUCAGCGUUUGUGUCCGGAAGCGGCCGCUGAACCAGCGGGAGGUUGAGCUCAAUGACAUUGACGUGGUGACGGUGCCCUGCCAGGACGUGGUGAUGGUGCAUGAAGCCAAGCAGAAGCUGGACCUCACACAGUAUCUGGACAACCAGAUCUUCCGCUUUGACUAUGCCUUUGAUGGCCAUGCCACCAACGAGCUGGUGUACAGGCACACUGCCCAGCCCCUGGUGGAGACCAUCUUCCAGGGGGGCAUGGCCAGUUGCUUUGCCUAUGGCCAGACAGGCAGCGGCAAGACACACACCAUGAGGGGAGGCUUCUCUAGCAAGAGCUCUGACUGCUCCAAGGGGAUCUACAUCCUGGCUGCUGAGGACGUAUUCCACAGGCUGAAGGAUCCUAGCUGCCCGAUACUGGAGCUUCGAGUCUAUGGGGCCUUCUUUGAGAUAUACAGGGGCAAAGUGUUUGACCUGCUGAACUCGAAGAAGCGGCUGAGGGUGCUAGAAGAUGGGAAGCAUCAGAUCCAAGUGGUAGGCCUUAGGGAGGAAGAGGUCACCAGCGUGGAAGAUGUCAGCAAACUAAUUGAAAUGGGCAGCAAGCGUCGCACGUCAGGCCAGACUUCUGCCAACUCUCACUCCUCCCGGAGCCAUGCCAUCUUCCAGAUCAUACUCAAGAAGAGAGGGCAUUUGUAUGCCAAGUUUUCUCUGAUUGAUUUGGCUGGGAAUGAGAGAGGAGCUGACAUCUCCACUGCAGACAGGCACACGAGGCUGGAGGGGGCUGAUAUUAAUAAAAGCCUCUUGGCACUCAAGGAGUGCAUCAGGGCACUGGGACAUAACAAAGCCCACACCCCAUUCAGGGCUAGCAAACUCACCCAGGUCCUGCGGGACUCAUUUAUAGGGGAAAACUCGCGUACCUGCAUGAUUGCCACUGUCUCUCCAGGGAUGAGAUCCUGCGAGCACAGCCUUAACACCCUGCGGUAUGCCAACCGCGUGAAGGAGCUGGUGGUGAAUUUAAACUCCCUUGGACAAUCCUGUCAGGAGGUGCCCAGCUUCCUGCAUCGGCUAAAGGACAUGAAGAAACCCUGGGCUGUUCAGAACCCCCCGAGGACACCUGAGUUACAGCCAUUUGGGGUACAGCCUGACAAGGAGGUAUCACCCCAGUUAUUUACUUUCAUUGCCAAAGGAAAACCGCAGAAGAAGAGAAAAGAGACAGAUGAGAAAGUGCUUCUGGAGGAGCAUCAGGAAUCUCUGCGGUGGCUGAAAGCGUUCUUACAGGUGGCUGAAGAAAUAGACUACAAUGUGGAUUUUUAUGCUGCACGGUUUGAAUCAGUCCUUAGUCAAAAAAUUGACACCCUGACCGAGAUUCAAGAAAAAGUCAGGUUAUUCCGGUCAAUUCUUUGCAAGGAAGAGCAGGGCAGCAACCAGAGCUGCAUGAAGAGAUCUUGUGUGCUGUAA